AUGAGACGAGCUAAACCAACCAUGUCAACAUCACCUACAGUGGGUUACUGGUCGUGGAGAGGGAGGGCGCAGUCCAUACGCUUACUAUUGAAGUACGCGGGCAUACAAUUCACGGACAAGCGUUACGCCAACCCUAAGGACUGGCAGUCGGAAAAGUUUACAUUGGGUUUGGACUUUCCCAACAUUCCCUACUAUAUUGACGGCGAUCUUAAACUGACCCAAAGUAUGGCUAUAAUGCGAUACUUGGGUGAAAAGCACGGCCUGUCGGCCACCGCUGACCCCCUUCGGGCCGUACAAGACAUGGCUGAGCAACAGCUUCAGGACGUGUUGCAGGGAUUUUUGGGCAUAAUGUUCGGACCUGGCGAUGGAGAGGCCAAACCCCCGGCCUAUAUCACAGGCACUCUCGAGCCUCAGUUGGAUCUGUUGGCAAAGUUCUUGGCGGACAAGCAAUGGCUAACCGGCGAUCAGUUGUCUUACGUAGACUUUCAUGCGUAUGAAUUGUUGGAUAAGUUGAGAUUGUAUGCGCCCGAGUCUGUGGCCAAACACCCGACUAUUGGUCAGUAUUUGGACAGAUUUGAAGCCCUGCCGGCCAUUAAGGCAUACAUGAGCUCCGAUGAGUUCAAGUCGUGGCCUGUGUUUGGAGCCCGAGCUAAAUGGGGCGGUAAGUAA